CUGAAGUGGGCUGAGUGGCCAGGGACAGUCCGGGAGAGUACUGCUGAAGCAGCCAGCCUACAGUCACAGCAUCAUGGAUGUCUCUGUGCUGAGCAUCACCAGGCCCCUGGGCAGUAUCUCUGGGUUUCUGCAAGUGGUCUCCCUGCUAGGCCUGGUGCUGCUGCUGAUCAAGGCUGUCCAGCUCUACCUGCACAGGCAGUGGCUGCUCAAAGCUGUCCAGCAGUUCCCAUCGCCUCCUUCCCACUGGUUCUUUGGGCACUCCAAGGAGUUCUCAGAGGAGAAAGAGCUAUCACAGAUGUUGAAAAGGAUAGAGAAGUUUCCAUGUGCCUCUCCUCGCUGGCUCUGGGGCACAAGGCUCCAGUUUAUUAUCUAUGACCCUGACUACAUGAAGGUGAUUCUGGGGCGAUCAGAUCCAAAGUCUACUAUUCCCUACAGAUUCUUGGCUCCCUGGAUUGGUUAUGGUUUGCUCCUAUUGAAUGGGCAGACCUGGUUCCAGCACCGGCGCAUGCUUACUCCAGCCUUCCACUAUGACAUCCUCAAGCCCUAUGUGGGAAUUACAGCUGACUCUGUGCGAGUGAUGCUGGACAAAUGGGCAAAGUUCCAUGAAAGUGACCCCAUUGAGAUAAUUGAAUCCAUCUCCUUGAUGACACUGGACACCAUCAUGAAGUGUGCCUUCAGCCAUUCCAGCAGCAUACAGACUGACAGGAAGUCCCAGUCCUACACCCAGGCCAUCGAGAAACUGAAGGGAUUCUUCUAUUCCCGGGCGAGGAACGCCUUCCACCAGAAUGACUUCCUAUACAGCCUGUCCUUUAAUGGCAGCAGUAACUCCAAGGUUUGUGAGGUUGCCCACGAGCACACAGACCACGUGAUCCAGCAAAGGAAGAUGCAACUGCAGAAUGAGGGCGAGCUAGAGAAGAUCAAGAAAAAGAGACACCUGGAUUUCCUGGACAUCCUGCUCUUUGCCAAGACAGAGAAGGGGAGCAGCCUGUCUGACAAGGACCUGCGGGCAGAAGUGGACACUUUCAUGUUUGAAGGUCAUGACACCACAGCCAGUGGCAUCUCCUGGAUCCUCUAUGCUCUGGCCAUAAACCCUGAGCACCAGCAGCUGUGCAGGGAGGAGUUGCAAAGCCUUCUGGGAGAUGGCACCUCCAUCACCUGGGACCACAUGGACAAGAUGCCCUACACCACCAUGUGCAUCAAAGAGGCAUUGCGAAUGUACCCACCAGUGCCUGGUGUUGGCAGAGAGCUCAGCACACCAGUCACCUUCCCUGAUGGGCGCUCCUUACCCAAAGGUCUCUCAGUGGUACUCUCCUUUUAUUUGCUUCAUCAUAACCCAAAAGUGUGGCCUGAUCCCGAGGUGUUUGAUCCUUCCCGGUUUGCACCAAGUGCUUCUCGGCACAGUCAUGCAUUUCUGCCCUUCUCAGGGGGCUCCAGAAACUGCAUUGGGAAGCAGUUUGCCAUGAAUGAGAUGAAGGUGGCUGUGGCACUGACCCUGCUCCGCUUUGAACUGGCUCCUGACCCCUCCAGAGUUCCCAUACCCAAUGCCAAACUUGUGCUGAAUUCAAAGAAUGGAAUCCACCUGUACCUCAAAAAACUCGCCUAAGUAUGGUGACAGGAAUGCCUACCACCCAGUCUACUGCCACCUACUCUUGCCCUACUCCUGUCCACUUGUCUUUCUUGAGAUCUGCUCAAACUGCAUGCUCUCAGUGUUCCCAUUCCCCAUUUGUUUGACUGUUUCCCUGCCUUUGUCCUCUCAUCUUCUCACUACCCAUGGAACUACUGUCCACCUGCCUGUCCCGCCUCUCUCUUUGCAUUUACAGUUUUUAUGUCUGCUUGCCUGUCAUUCUAUGAGUCUCUUUUAGUGCUAUAACAAAUUACCCACAUGUAUACUUUUACAAUGAAACAAAUCUAUACUCUUACAACUUAGGAACCAGAAAUCUGCAUGGGAAUUGCUGAAAGGAAUUCC